AUUUCCCAAUCAUUUCGUGAUCAGAAACAAAUUGAAUCGUUUAUACGACGAAAUAAUUUGCUCAAAAUUAUAGAAGGAGCAACUGAAAAAUUUAUAAAAAAGUAUAGCGAUAGUAGGAAGCCAGAGGACGCACUGGGUGCUCUACUGUUACCACUUCGAUUUGAAUAUGUCGAAUUUACACGCAUCGAAGACGUAGAAUUGCUGCAUUUAGUUGUGGAAGAGCCAUUACAAUUUUUAAACGCCGCUAAAUAUUGCACAUAUUCGCUUAUUCGCGACCAUAUUAAACUAGCUGGGAGUACAGGAGACGCUGCUGGUGGUCUUAAAUCCAUCGAUAUUGAUCAGGUGCAUAUUCAGCUGCGCUUUAUAGGAUUGCCUCAGCAGGAAGAUUUGCAUUUUGCACCUUUUAAGAAUUGUUGGCCGCCAGGACUAUCGUGGACAACUGGGAUUUUGUCGGCAAUCUCCGAACCCAAAGUUGAAGUACUACAAUCGACAUGGUAUUGUUCAACCGGAUGCAAUCGAAAUAAAAUAAAAUCGGAGUCAACUGAUGCACCUACAUGCAACAGUUGUGGACGU